AUGUCCGACAGCACGGGUUACGCUGUUAACGAUCUCGUUUGGGCAAAAAUGAAGGGAUUUUCGCCCUGGCCCGGCCGUAUCUCGGUUCCACCGGCAGAACUGCGGAAAAUUGCGGUCAAAAAGAGCAACCCAGUGAAGUGUAUUUUCUUCUUCGGUUCCAACAACUAUGCCUGGAUCGAGGAAACGCAAAUCAAGCCGUAUCUGGAGUUCAAGGAUACGCUGCUAAACUCCUGCAAAACUGCCCAGUUCAAAGAGGCUUUGAAACAGAUAGAAGAAUUUCGCGUAAAUCCGGAGAAAUUUCAGCCACUGUUCGUUGGGGAAAACGAAGCCGCUAAUCGCCCGGAUCCGGACGAAGAAUUUAAUAGGCUACGGGAAGGCGUUGCCAGCGGUACGGAGGAAAGUGGGGCAGAGGAUGGGGCCUCCGUUAAUAACACGUCGACACCCGCCGUCCUGGAAUCGGUGGACGAUGCGACCACGACGCCGCUGGUAAAGAAGUCAGCCAAGAAGAAAGUACGUGCCUCGUUGCCAAUCAAAUUGAACGUGGAUAAGGUGGCAUCUGUCACGAAGGUACGUUCGGUUGGCAACAAGGCGAAAGCCACGCUAGACGAUGGUGUGACAGGCGCACCGUCCCCGAAACGAAAGAAGAAACUGUUGAACGAUUCCGGUGAAUUGGCUUCCCUGGAUAUCGAUAGCUACGCUAGUCCGGUAAGACGCAAUGCGCCAGUAACGCAUCUGCUGAACCGUCCGGUCACUGUCACCCGACCAGCGACGCCCGAGAUCGACAUGUCAAGCGUUUCGAAUGCGGUACAAUCGCGCAAUAUCAAAGCAUCUCAGCUGAAAUUCGGUUUCCUCGGGCUGGGCGUUAUGGGCUGUGGGAUCGUGAAAAAUCUGAUCAAAUCGGGCCACUCGGUUGUGGUUUGGAACCGGAGCGCCAACAAAUGUCGCAAGUUCCAGGAGGUCGGUGCGGAAGUUGCGGAUACUCCGUCUGAUGUGGUAGAAAUGACUGAUGUCACCUAUUCGUGCGUGUCCGAUCCGCAGGUUGCAAAGGAUAUGGUGUUCGGUAACUGUGGCGUAAUGUCGGCGAAUCUGACCGGCAAAGGUUACGUUGAAAUGACUGGUGUCGAUCCAGAAACUUCUAAUGACAUCAAUGAAGCAAUCAUGUCCAAAGGAGGUCGCUAUUUGGAAGCACAAAUACAAGGCUCGAAGAACCAAGCGGAAGAGGGAACGCUUAUCAUUCUAGCGAGCGGAGAUCGACUGCUGUUCGAGGAGUGUCAAAGCUGUUUCGAAGCAAUUUCCCGCAAUUCAUUCUACCUGGGUGACGUUGGCAAUGCUACAAAGAUGAAUCUGAUUCUGCAGAUGAUUUCCGGAAUUACGCUUGCCGGAGUGGCCGAAGCGAUGGCGCUAGCGGAUCGAGCUGGACUCCAGCAAAAGGACGUACUGGAGGUACUAGAGUUAACUAGCAUGUCCUCAGAAAUGAUGUUGCAGAAAGGAAACGCGAUUAUUAAGGGCGAAUUCCCAACCCAUCAGGCGUUGAAGCACAUGCAGAAAGACCUCAAGCUUGCGUUGAGCCUAGCGGACGGACUAGAGCAAUCGUUGCCUAUUACGGCGGCAUCGAACGAGGUGUACAAACACGCCAAACGUCUUGGCUAUGGUUCACACGAUGCCAGCGCUGUCUACGUAAGAGCAAGGUUUUAA